CCCAUGGUUUUAUUUUAUAUUUUUUAGCACUAACAAUUUCUUUAAUUGCUGCUUACUUGAAACUCUCUAAAAAAUUUUACCCUUUCGCUUUUCUCAAAUUGGGUGCAAACGUCCCAACUUUGCUCAAACACGAUAUUCGGCCUUGUAUUACCAAAGUUUGAAUUUCCCAUAUUUAUCUUUUUGAGGCUUAAAUUUCUGGAUUUGAGUAUCCUCAUUCAGGAUCUUUUGUCGGUUUGCAAUUUUCUUUUGUUCUUUUAGCAGAGUUUUUUUGGGUUGCAAGACAUGAAGUUGAGGGACUUUGGGUGGGUUUUGUGGGAUUUAAGUGAAAGCAGAAACCCUUGUUUUGUUUCUUUCUGGCUUUUUUAAAAAUCAUCUGGGCUUUAAGGUGAAAACUAUUGAAGUAGAGAAAGAUGAUAGCAGAGAAACCUAGUUGGAUUAGGCAUGGGGGUACACAGAUUUUCUCCAUUGAUAUUCAGCCUGGUGGCCUCAGGUUUGCCACUGGUGGUGGUGAUCAUAAGGUUCGCAUUUGGAACAUGAGAUCUGUUGGCAGGGAACUACAUAUUGAUGAUUCAGUAUCAAAACUUCUGGCAACUCUGCGUGACCACUUUGGAUCUGUUAACUGUGUUAGGUGGGCUAAGCAUGGCCGGUACAUUGCAUCUGGAUCUGAUGAUCAAGUUAUUCUUGUUCAUGAGAGGAAGCCUGGUUCAGGAACCACCGAGUUUGGAAGUGGAGAGCCACCUGAUGUUGAGAACUGGAAAGUUGCUAUGACACUGAGAGGGCACACUGCCGAUGUGGUGGAUCUUAAUUGGUCUCCAGAUGAUUCCAUAAUGGUCAGUGGGAGUCUGGAUAAUACAAUUCAUGUUUGGGACAUGACCAAUGGCAUCUGCACUGCUGUUCUUCGGGGUCACUCUAGUCUGGUCAAAGGUGUAGCUUGGGAUCCCAUUGGUUCAUUCAUAGCAAGUCAAUCAGAUGACAAGACUGUCAUAAUUUGGCGAACAAGUGACUGGAGCCUUGCCCAUAGAACUGAUGGUCACUGGGCUAAGUCUCUUGGAUCCACCUUCUUCAGGAGGCUUGACUGGUCUCCUUGUGGCCAUUUUAUAACCACAACUCAUGGUUUUCAAAAGCCCAGGCAUUCUGCACCUGUUCUUGAGAGAGGGGAAUGGUCUGCCACUUUUGACUUCUUAGGGCAUAAUGCACCAAUUAUUGUUGCUAAGUUUAAUCAUUCAAUGUUUAGAAGAAAUCUCUCCAAUUCCCAGGACUUGAAAACUGCAUCCGUUGGUUGGACUAAUGGUACUUCGAAGACUGAAGGAAAGGAUUUACAGCCAUAUAAUGUUAUUGCAAUUGGAAGUCAGGACCGUACCAUAACUGUGUGGACUACUGCCAGUCCUCGCCCUCUUUUUGUGGCUAAGCAUUUCUUUACUCAAAGUGUUGUGGAUUUAACCUGGAGUCCUGAUGGAUAUUCACUGUUUGCUUGUUCUUUGGAUGGGACAGUAGCUACGUUCCAUUUUGAUGUGAAUGAAAUUGGAGAUAAAUUAACUGAUGCUGAAUUAGAUGAUCUGAAGAGAAAUCGCUACGGGGAUGUCAGAGGUCGGCAAGGAAACUUAGCUGAGACUCCAGCGCAGUUAUUGCUUGAAGCAGCAUCGGCCAAGGAAACUCUGAGUAAAAAGACGAAUCCAGUUUCCCCAGAGUCUCAGACCUCUUUAAAGCCUUCUGCUGAUUUAGUGGUUUCAACCAAGAUUAGUAAGACUAUUGUCAAUGAUGGAAAGAAAACUGAAGAUGCUAUCAGCGAUGGAUCAAAUAAGGUGGUCUCAGCUCGGAUGUCUAGUCCUGUAAAGCAAAAAGAAUACAGACGCCCUGAUGGUAGAAAGAGGAUAAUACCUGAAGCGGUUGGAGUGACUGUUCAUCAGGAAAGGACCUCCAUUGUAGCCCAGUCUGAAGCUCUUGAAUUUCCUGUGGAAUCAUUAGAUCAUAACAAGGAUGGUAAUGGAGCAAUACAUACUAAUGGUGGUGCUAGAGAAGGUUCCAUACGGAAAGCUUCAGGUGGGCCUGCUGAUUUGAAAGAGCGCCCGGGCAUCACUGCUAGAGCAUCUAUUAGUGAGAGCUUGGUCAUUGAGAAGGUUCCAGUGUCUGGGAGUAAAGAAACAAGUACUCACGUUGAGCAGAUUGGUUUUACGGAUUCUGGUAGUAUUCUUUCAAUAAGAGUAUUUGAUAAGAAACAAGGGGAAGAUACUGUACCUGUUUGCUUGGAAGCUCGUCCUAGAGAGCAUGCAGUUAAUGACAUUGUUGGAGCAGGGAACACCUUUAUGAUUAAAGAGACUGAACUUUCUUGUACAAGGGGGUCUCAAAAUCUUUGGUCUGAUAGGAUCUCUGGAAAGGUCACCGUCUUGGCUGGAAAUUCUAACUUCUGGGCAGUUGGUUGUGAAGAUGGAUCUCUGCAGGUUUACACAAAAUGUGGGAGACGUGCCGUGCCGACGAUGAUGAUGGGAUCUGCAGCAGUUUUUAUAGAUUGUGAUGAAUUGUGGAAAUUGUUGCUUGUCACAAGAAAGGGAUCCUUGUAUGUCUGGGAUCUUUUUAACAAGAAAUGUCUACUUCAUGAUUCCCUGGUUUCACUGAUAACUACAGACAUGAAGUCCAAUGCUAGAGAUGCUGGUACUAUCAAAGUCAUAUCUGCAAAGUUAUCAAAAUCUGGUUCUCCCCUUGUUGUUUUGGCGACACGUCACGCAUAUCUCUUUGAUACGAGUCUUAUGUGUUGGCUGAGAGUGGCAGAUGAUUGUUUUCCCGCAUCAAAUUUUUCUAGCUCUUGGACCUUAGGUUCAGCUCAUGGUGGUGAGCUGGCUGCAUUGCAGGUCGACGUUAGGAAAUUUCUGGCACGGAAACCAGGGUGGAGUAGAGUAACUGAUGAUGGGGUGCAGACACGUGCUCAUUUGGAAGCUCAGCUGGCAUCGGCACUGGCUUUGAAUUCUCCUAAUGAAUAUCGCCAAUGUCUUCUGUCUUACAUUCGCUUUUUGGCAAGGGAGGCUGAUGAGUCACGCUUACGAGAAGUUUGUGAGAGCUUUCUUGGACCUCCCAUUGGAAUGGCUGAACCUGGAUCAGAGCAGAAAACACCAGCAUGGGAUCCUUUUGUACUUGGGAUGAAUAAGCAUAAGCUCCUUAGGGAAGAUAUUCUUCCAGCCAUGGCAUCAAACAGAAAAGUUCAACGGUUGCUUAACGAGUUCAUGGAUCUCCUUUCUGAAUACGAGAUCACUGAAACAGACUUUAGACAGAAGACUCCAACCUCCGCAAUAUCUCUGCCGUCAAAAGACAAAAUAGAUUCUGAUCCUCCUGAUAUGAACAUGAUGAAUUCUGAUACACCUAGACCUACUAUUCAAACAAAUUCUGUUGAACCCACCAUCGAUGUAGUUGAUUGUGCUUUGCAACCAACUGAUCAAAUGGAAACAGUAACGCCAACCACCAGUCAAACAAAUUGUACCCAGGUAGAGGCAAAUCAAGUGCAAACUGUGCCACAAACAUCAGAGCAAAUGAACUUGGACCCUCCUGCCUCAGAUCAACAUGACACAAUGGCUCCAGCAGCAAAUGUGAAGGAGUCUUGAUGUUGACAGUUGGUAGGUGUUGGACCAUAUACUAAAUGCUGACUUUAAUGUCUUUCCCAAGUAGAGUACAUAUCUUUCUUUUAAUCUCGUUCUACUCAACUUGCUCUUUCCCCCGAAAGUUACAAAUUAUGGGGCUUGCUGCUGAACAUAUUAUGGUGAUUUAUCUGUUUGUAUUUGCCGGAGCUUCUAGGUUUAAGCGGAGAUCGAGCAGGUUCUGGGGCUGUUUUAACAGAGUAUCGUACAAUUUGGGAGCUUUAGGGAACUUAAAUGUUUUUAGCUGUGUAUCAUUGUUAUCGAACAGUCAUUUUGACUCGCCUCUUGUACAAUAUGAAGCUAAUUUUGUAUGUAAAGUCGAUUGCCUUGAGCUCCCAUUUUCAAGUAGGUUGUAAAGUAAUUCUACUUGAUGUUUUGUCAUGAAUGAUAUUAUUUUCCACCUUGAUGCGCA